AUGGCUUGCCUUCUUUUGCCACUCACCAUCAUCACCUUAAUUCACUUCUCGCCUCUGUUGAUACUCCACCAUGAUCAUCACAACAACAACAAUCUCCCCAAGGGCUCCUUUGGUUGUCCUUUGCUUGGUGAAACCCUUGGUUUCCUAAACCCUCAUCCAUCCACUUCCCUUGGAGCUUUCCUCCAAGACCAUUGCUCCAGGUAUGGGAAGGUUUUCAGGUCACAUUUGUUCUUGUCCCCAACUGUGGUGUCCUAUGAUCAGGAGCUGAAUUACUUCAUACUUCAGAAUGAAGGAAAGUUGUUCGAGUGCAGCUACCGAAAGACCAUCCAUGGAAUUCUUGGCAAUGUGUCGAUGCUUGUAGCAGUUGGUGACAAUCACAGGAGGCUUAGAAAUGUUGCUCUGUCUCUUGUCAAUGUCACAAAAUCAAACCCUGAAUUCUUGCAUGAUGUGGAGAUGCAUGACUGCAACUGUGAUUAUGAAAUCAUGGUGUGGGAAACAGCAGGUGCUGUUCUGUGA